AUGUGCUUCGCCAAAACGAUUUACACAUGCCAGCACCAAGAACGAAAACGCGUAACCUGCCGCAAGACAUGGCGCCAUCGAGCGGGCUGGUGCUUCCGCCCAGUCCUCUCCUUCUUCUUCGGCGACGCCCCCGAAGAGCCCUGCAGCGAGCUCCGCGCCAACGACACCGUCUGGCCCAACGUCACCUGCCCAGAGUGCCGCACUGCCGAGGAGACCGGGAUCGCCACCAAGGGCAUGGUCACUAGUACGACCACGACGAACAAGUACCGCGAGAAGCUCACGCCAGCGGCGCUGGCGGCCUCGCGGCGGCGUAAGGAGGAACAGGAUAAGAAGGAGGAAAAGAUGCGGACAAACUACUGGUCGAUCCAGGAGGACUACCAAGAGGGGUUGAGGAAGCGGGAGAUGGAAGAAGCUGCUCGACUUCAGGGCGGUGAUGCUUCUCUUGUUGAGGGGAGCGAGAAUUAUGCUGAUAGGCCUCUCCCCGCUCUUCCUACCUUUCCUGCUGCUUCGGUUGGUGACACUCGCGGGGAUCCGGGAUACCAGGACCCACGACUCCGUUCCAAGAAUAUGUUCCCUCCGCCACCGCCUCCGCCUCCUCCAUCGACGCCCGGGAAUAAGAAGACUACUAAGAAGAAGCGCAGGAGAAUGGAACCGAGACGUCUGCCCACUGUAAUCAGUACUGGUAGCCCGAUCAGCAAAUCAUCUCGACGCUCACAAGAGCAAAAGCGACGAUGCUCAGAAGACAAAUGGAGACAACACCCACAAGAGAAAAAGAGACGGCGGGUGGAAGAGCAAACAAGACAGAACUCAGGCGAGCUAACGAGCCAAAGUUCAGAAGAGGGCCCAUAUGAACGGCCGACAAAGGAGAACCGCUACGGCAGAGACACGACCUCGGGUAGACAGGCCGCCGACGAGGCUAUCCGGAUCAUGAAGGAAGCCGAUGGGCCAUCGCCGGCAAGGCAGUCUAUCGCCGUGAGAAGAGGCAGGGAGAUGAAGCAACUGGCCAACAGCUAUCGAGAGGAGCGGGCCGCUCCGUGGCCCGAGGAGCCGAGUAUUCAACGACGUCCCACGCCCCCGCCCUCGCCGGAGCCGGAGAAGGCGGCAAAGAAGAGUGGCAAGCGCAAGGGCGGUUGGAACCCGUUUGGUAACAAGGAUCGCCGAGACGAUGUGACCCAUUAG